GUGACGUUACGCUCCCCACCCAUGGAUGUAUAAUAAGAACCAGUCCACCGUCUAGUUAUCAGUCGGUCCUCUCGUUAGCGGACAGUGAAGGUUACCUGCUUCAACAGUGCUUGAACGGCAACCUUUCAGCUGUCUUCGACACCCUACAAUCCUUUUGAUCACCCAGACCAUCAUCGACCACAUCUAAUUUAAUUUAAUUAACGCAAAACCUCAGCUAUCAAUCUUACUUUAUACCGAACACGUUAAGCUAGCUAACUGUUUGUUUUGCUAACGCGCUUCUCGACAUCUUCCCACGAAGACCUGACACUGAGACUUGUACCAUGAGUUCCCAAGUGAGACAGAACUUCCACCAGGACUGCGAGGCGGCCAUCAACAGGCAGAUCAACCUGGAGCUGUAUGCCUCCUAUGUCUACAUGUCCAUGGGAUACUUCUUCGACCGGGAUGACCAGGCAUUGAACAACUUUAGCAAGUUCUUCCGUCAGCAGUCUGAGGAGGAGCGCGAGCAUGCUGAGAAGCUGAUGAAACUGCAGAACCAGAGGGGGGGGAGGAUCUUCCUCCAGGAUGUCAAGAAGCCAGACAGGGAUGAGUGGGGCAGCGGAGUGGAGGCCCUUGAAUGUGCCCUGCAGCUCGAGAAGAACGUGAAUCAGUCUCUGCUGGACUUGCACAAGCUCUGCUCUGAUCAUAAUGACCCACAUCUGUGUGAUUUCAUCGAGACACACUACCUGGACGAGCAGGUGAAGUCCAUCAAGGAGCUGGGAGACUGGGUGACCAACCUGCGCCGCAUGGGGGCUCCUCAGAACGGCCUGGCCGAGUAUCUGUUCGACAAACACACCCUGGGCAAAGAGAGCGCCUAAAUCCCUCCAGAUUACAUUUGGCAGCUUUCCUUAUAUAUAUGUAUCUUGCUUUCAACUGUUUUUCCAAAUAUGAAGCCAUCUGCAUGCUACUGGCCAGUCGUUGAAACCUCUUAUAUUACUUGUUUCAUUUUUGCCAUUCCCUCCAUAUUACAGUAACUUCACAUAUCACCUGUUCCCAGAGCUGUGAGCUGUUCCACACAAAGCCCGCCUUGUUUCUUGCACUCUCUGCUGUCGGCUAAACCUGCAUCUUCACUUUGUAUUUUCUGUGUUUUUGCAAGCAGCUGUCAAUCAAACCAAAUAAAACGAACCCUCUGGAUUCUGA